CCUCAAUCGCAAGCCUCGGGCGAGACCGGGUUCAUCCAUCGGCAGACCGUCAAGAAAAGGGGAGCGACGACCAAGCGGUUUCAAUUGACCGCUGAGGGGCAUUUCAUCCGAGACUACCCUGUGCCGAGGCCAGUCUCUAAUGCCGUCGAAGCGAAGUGGAAAGAGAAAUGCACGACCAACGAGUUCACGCACAUGAGGUACUCGGCCGUCACCUGCGACCCUGACGAUUUCACCAAGGCGAACGGAUGGUCCUUGAGGACGAGCGACUACGGCAGAGAGACCGAGCUGUUGAUCGCGGUGACGAGCUACAAUGAGGACAAGAUCCUGUAUGCGAGGACUUUACACGCCUUGAUGCUCAACAUCAGGGAUAUUUGUAAUACCAAGGUAUCCAAGUUCUGGAGGACCCAGGCGGAGGAAGGUCGACCGCCUUGGCAGCGGAUCACGGUCGCUCUGAUUGCGGACGGAUUGGGGCCUAUGGAUAAGGGGACUCUGGACCUGCUGGCUACCGUCGGCUGCUAUCAAGACGCUGUGAUCAAGAAGGAGGUUGGCGAUAAACGUACGGUGGCGCAUAUCUUUGAGGCAAAUCCUGUUGAACUGCAGUAUACCACUCAAAUUUCGGUGGACAGUAAACCGCAACUCGUCCAUCCCUAUCCUGGGGAUCCCAACAACCUCGUCCCGGUCCAAAUCAUCUUUGUGCUCAAACAGGAGAAUGAGAAGAAGAUCAAUUCGCAUCGAUGGCUCUUCAAUGCAAUCGGGAGGAUGCUAAAGCCGGAAGUGUGCGUGUUGAUUGAUGCGGGGACCAAGCCGGGUCACAAGGCGAUCUAUCAUUUAUGGGAAGCGUUCUACAACGAUCCACACCUAGGAGGAGCUUGCGGAGAGAUUACGACCAUGAUCAAGAAGGGAAAAAAGCUGGUCAAUCCCUUGGUUGCGGCUCAAAACUUCGAAUACAAGAUGUCCAACAUUCUGGACAAACCUCUGGAGAGCACUUUCGGCUACGUUUCGGUCCUGCCUGGCGCCUUCAGCGCUUACAGGUUCAAGGCAAUCCAGGGCAAGCCACUCGAGGAAUACUUCCGUGGCGACCACAGUCUUGCAGACCGACUCGGUCCGGAUGGGAUCAACGGAAUGGGAAUCUUCAAGAAGAACAUGUUCUUGGCCGAAGAUCGAAUCUUGUGUUUCGAGCUUGCUGCCAAGGCUGGCGAAAGGUGGACGCUUGGUUACGUCAAACCUAGCAAGGCCGAGACGGACGUCCCUGAACAAGCUUCUGAGCUGAUUAGUCAGAGACGUCGUUGGUUGAACGGAUCGAUUGCCGCAUCGGUCUACGCUCUCUACCACUUCUUCCGGAUUUAUAGGAGCAAGCAUGGACCCUUACGGAUGUUACUCCUACAUAUCCAAGCGGUCUACAACCUUGCCUCUCUGUUCUUGUCUUUCUUUGGCUUGGCCAACAUGUACAUUACCUUCGCCAUCAUCAUCGACCUUCUUCCCGCGUCCACCGGAAUUUACCUGUUUCACAACGCUGCAAUCACCCAUUGGGUAAAUACGGCAUGUGUCUGGUUGUACCUGGCGACAUUGGGAUUGCAAGUUGUAUUGGGCUUGGGAAACCGUCCCAAGGGCGAGAAGAAACUCUACUUGGCUUCGCUAGUGGUCUUUGGGAUUAUGAGUAUUUACACUCUUGUCUGCGCUGUGAUCCUGGCUGUUAAGGCUAUACAAGGCAUCUUCGACGGCGGUAAUGCUCUGGAGGGAUUCAAGAAGCUGCUCACGACUCCCGAGGGUCUCCUCGUCGUCGCGGGACUGUCAAUCUUCUUCUUCUACUUCAGCUCUUCCCUUCUCUUUCGCGAUCCAUGGCAUUUGCUGUCGAGCAUGCCGCAGUAUCUCGUCGUCGCACCCUCGUUCGUAAAUGUUCUCAAUGUCUACGCUUUCUGCAACCUGCACGAUGUCAGUUGGGGCACGAAAGGUUCCGACAAGAUGGAAGCCUUGCCUAGUCUUAAGGUGGAAAAGGAAGCAGGCGGAGAAGUCGUGGUUAAAGAUAUCCAGCGAGACCAAGACGAACUGGACGACGCAUUCAAGCUUGUCGUUAGUCGUUGCGUGCAGCCGCUGCCCAAAGACAAGUCUCGGGAAAAGCCCUCGGUCGACGACCAGAACAAGACAUUCAGGACGCGAACAUUGGUUGUUUGGCUGGUCUCAAACGCUGCCUUGGCUAUCGCCAUUAUCACUAGCAGCGGUUUCGACCAAACUCAUGAUCAGGCCAAGGAUUGCUUUGGAGACAAGGCUACCGACGAUCCUUCGAAUGCGGAUGCCAACUGCGCGCAGAGGGCAUUGACGGCAUUCUUGAAUGAAGACAAAGAAACGCAGGACAAGACCAAGUACUACUUUACUGCCUUGCUCUACGCCACGGCUGGGAUCACGCUCGUCAAAUUCCUCGGCUGUCUGAUUUUCUGGCUUCGUCGUCAAACCGGCAGGUUCUGGCGCCGCAACUAACGACGACUCUCCGAGGUGUGGCAUCUAGCUCCUGUACACGAUCGGAGCGUGCUUUUACGAAACCCAAGACUUGCGCUUCGAGUCUAUCUUUCACGACCAUAACGACGGCAUUUGUUCCUUCUCAUUCUCAUUGUUCCUUUUUUGCGAUCGUUUCUGCCGCAUCUUGUCUCGUCAUGUA